GAUGCUGACACGUGUGUCCUGGUCCCCAGCACCCUUCCGUGUGCCUAGUGAGUCGUCCCUCCUCCUGUGGCAGGACAUCGAGGGACCCUUCUCACACAGACCCACUGGGGUCCUCGGUGAAUUUUGUCAUGGUUAUUUAAGGAACCUCGCCUAGAAGUCCCAACACGCAUUUCCCCAUCGACGGGAAGGCUUGGACUCCAAGAUGAUUAUAAAGGAAUAUCGGAUUCCUCUGCCCAUGACCGUGGAGGAGUACCGCAUCGCCCAGCUGUACAUGAUACAGAAGAAGAGCCGGAACGAGACAUAUGGCGAGGGCAGCGGCGUGGAGAUCUUGGAGAACCGGCCAUACACAGACGGCCCUGGCGGCUCUGGGCAGUACACACACAAGGUGUACCACGUGGGCAUGCACAUCCCCAGCUGGUUCCGCUCCAUCCUGCCCAAGGCAGCCCUGAGGGUGGUUGAGGAGUCUUGGAACGCCUACCCCUACACCCGAACCAGGUUCACUUGCCCCUUUGUGGAGAAAUUCUCCAUUGACAUCGAAACCUUUUAUAAAACGGAUGCUGGAGAAAACCCGAACGUGUUCAGCUUGUCUCCUGUGGAGAAGAACCAGCUGACAGUCGACUUCAUCGACAUUGUCAAGGACCCCGUGCCCCCCAACGAGUAUAAGACAGAAGAGGACCCCAAGCUCUUCCGCUCGAUCAAGACACAGCGGGGGCCCCUGCCUGACAACUGGAUUGAGGAGUACAAACAGCAGGUUUUCCCCAUCAUGUGUGCCUACAAGCUCUGCAAGGUGGAGUUUCGCUACUGGGGCAUGCAGUCCAAAAUCGAGAGGUUCAUCCACGACACCGGCCUGCGGAAGGUGAUGGUGAGGGCCCACCGGCAGGCCUGGUGCUGGCAGGAUGAGUGGUACGGGCUGAACAUGGAGAACAUCCGGGAGCUGGAGAAGGAGGCGCAGCUCAUGCUGUCCCGCAAGAUGGCCCAGUUCAACGAAGAUGACGAGGAGGCUGCAGAGCUGGCCAAGGACGAAGCCAGCCAGGCCCAGGUCCCCGGGGAGGCCCCCCAGCCCAGCAGCAGUGGCGGGGAGCCCUUGGCAGGCCGGGGCCUCAAGAAACAGUGGUCCACGUCCUCCAAGUCCUCGCGGUCUUCCACGCGGGGGGCCAGCCCUUCCCGCCACAGCAUCUCCGAGUGGAGGAUGCAGAGUAUCGCCCGGGACUCAGACGAGAGCUCAGACGAAGAGUAUUUUGACGCUCAUGAGGACCUGUCCGACUCAGAGGAAAUAUUCCCCAAGGACAUCACCAAGUGGAACUCCAAUGACCUCAUGGACAAAAUUGAAAGCCCUGAGCCGGAGGAUACACAGGACAGUCUCUAUCGCCAGAGCGCCCCUGAAUUCAGAGUGGCCUCCAGUGUGGAGCAGCUGAACAUCAUCGAGGACGAGGUCAACCCACCCCUGGCCGCGCCGGCCUCCAAGAUCCACGUGCUGCUGCUGGUGCUGCACGGAGGCACCAUCCUGGACACGGGCGCUGGGGACCCCAGCUCCAAGCAGGGUGACACCAACACCAUCGCCACCGUGUUCGACACUGUCAUGCGCGUGCACUACCCCAGCGCCCUGGGCCGCCUUGCCAUCCGCCUGGUGCCCUGCCCACCCAUCUGCUCUGAUGCCUUUGCCCUAGUCUCCAACCUUAGCCCUUACAGCCACGAUGAAGGCUGUCUGUCCAGCAGCCAGGACCACAUCCCCCUGGCUGCCCUGCCCCUGCUGGCCACGUCCUCACCCCAGUACCAGGAGGCGAUCGCCACGGUGAUUCAGCGGGCCAACCUUGCCUAUGGGGACUUCAUCAAGUCCCAGGAGGGCAUGACCUUCAACGGGCAGGUCUGCCUGAUCGGGGACUGCGUCGGGGGCAUCCUGGCGUUCGAUGCCUUAUGCCAGAGCAGCCAGCCAGUGUCUGAGAGCCAGAGCAGCAGCCGCCGGGGCAGCGUGGCCAGCGUGCAGGACACUGACCUGCUGUCCCCCGGCACCCUGGUCAAUGUGGCACAUGGCGGCAGUGGCAGUGGUGGCCUGGAGAGCAGUCGGCACCUGAGCCGCAGCAACAUUGAUAUCCCCCGAAGCAAUGGUGUCGAAGACCCCAAAAGGCAGUUGCCCCGAAAGAGGAGUGACUCAUCCACCUACGAGCUGGAUACCAUCCAGCAGCACCAGGCCUUCCUGUCCAGCCUCCAUGCCAGCGUGCUGAGGAAUGAGCCCAGCUCCCGCCGCUCGAGCAGCUCCACCAUGCUGGAUGGCACAGGGGCUGUGGGGAAGUUCGACUUUGAGAUCGCAGACCUUUUCCUCUUCGGGUGCCCGCUGGGGCUCGUCCUGGCCUUGAGGAAGACUGUCAUCCCUGCCCUGGAUGUUUUCCAGCUGCGGCCGGCCUGCCAGCAAGUCUACAACCUCUUCCACCCCGCGGACCCUUCCGCCUCCCGCCUGGAGCCGCUGCUGGAGCGGAGAUUCCACGCCCUGCCGCCGUUCAGCAUCCCCCGCUACCAGCGCUACCCGCUGGGGGACGGCUGCUCCGCGCUGCUGGCGGACGCACUCCAGACCCACAGCACAGUCUUUCAAGAGCACGCGGCCCCCUCCUCGCCCGGUGCAGCCCCCACCAGCCGAGGCUUCCGCCGAGCCAGUGAGAUCAGCAUUGCCAGCCAGGUGUCGGGCAUGGCCGAGAGCUACACAGCGUCCGGCAUCGCCCAGAAGGCCCCGGCGUCACUCAGCCAUACCCCCAGCGUCAGGCGCCUGUCUCUGCUCGCCCUGCCCCCCCCGCCCCCCACUACCCCGGGCCCCCACCCGCAGGCUGGGCAGGCGAGCCCCAGCCUGGAGCGGGCCCCCCGCCUCCCUGACUUGGACACCAGAGAAGUUGCAGCAAGGUGGUGGGGCCAGAAGCGGAUCGACUAUGCCUUGUACUGCCCCGACGCUCUGACGGCCUUCCCCACCGUGGCCCUGCCGCACCUCUUCCACGCCAGCUACUGGGAGUCAACGGAUGUGGUCUCCUUCCUGCUGAGACAGGUCAUGAGGCAUGACAACUCGAGCAUCUUGGAGCUGGACGGCAAGGAGGUUUCGGUGUUCACCCCCUCAAAGCCAAGAGAGAAGUGGCAGCGCAAGAGGACUCAUGUGAAGCUUCGGAACGUGACCGCCAACCACCGGAUCAAUGAUGCAGUCGCCAACGAGGAUGGCCCGCAAGUUCUGACGGGCCGGUUCAUGUAUGGGCCCCUGGACAUGGUCACUCUGACUGGGGAGAAGGUGGACGUGCACAUCAUGAUGCAGCCGCCCUCGGGCGAGUGGCUGUACCUGGACACGCUGGUGACCAACAGCAGCGGGCGGGUCUCCUACACCAUCCCCGAGACCCACCGCCUGGGUGUGGGCGUCUACCCCAUCAAGAUGGUGGUCAGGGGAGACCACACGUUUGCGGAUAGCUACAUCACCGUGCUGCCUAAGGGCACGGAGUUUGUGGUCUUCAGUAUCGACGGCUCCUUUGCUGCCAGUGUGUCCAUCAUGGGCAGCGACCCCAAAGUGCGGGCCGGGGCCGUGGACGUGGUGCGGCACUGGCAGGACCUGGGCUACCUCAUCAUCUAUGUGACGGGCCGGCCUGACAUGCAGAAGCAGCGGGUGGUGGCGUGGCUGGCCCAGCACAACUUCCCCCACGGUGUGGUGUCCUUCUGUGACGGCCUGGUGCACGACCCGCUGCGGCACAAGGCCAACUUCCUGAAGCUGCUCAUCUCCGAGCUGCACCUGCGCGUGCACGCGGCCUACGGCUCCACCAAGGACGUGGCGGUCUACAGCUCCAUCAGCCUGUCCCCCAUGCAGAUCUACAUCGUGGGCCGGCCCACCAAGAAGCUGCAGCAGCAGUGCCAGUUCAUCACGGACGGCUACGCAGCUCACCUGGCCCAGCUCAAGUACAACCACCGGGCGCGGCCGGCCCGCAAUGCAGCCACCCGCAUGGCGCUGCGAAAAGGCAGCUUUGGCCUGCCGGGCCAGGGCGACUUCCUGCGCUCCCGGAACCACCUGCUCCGCACCAUCUCGGCCCAGCCCAGCGGGCCCGGCCACCGGCACGAUCGGACGCAGAGCCAGGCGGACGGCGAGCAGCGGGGACAGCGCAGCAUGAGCGUAGCGGCGGGCUGCUGGGGCCGCACCAUGACCGGCCGGCCUGAGCCUGGGGCAGCCGCGGGCCCCAAGUAGGACACCGUGAGUGAGGCGCUGUGGUCUCCAUGGUGCUAGGCCAGGGCGGCCAGCCCUGCCAGGAGGCCUGGCCUGGGCACACAAUGUCGGCUGGAGACAAGCUUGUCCCAGGACCUGGCGGAGGACAUAGGCCGUGCCACACAGCCCUCCCAGCCCUGCCUCGUGUCCUAGGGUCUGAGGGGUUCCAGCUUGCAGGAAGACCUGUCCCAGGAUGACAGAGGGACCAGGACUCCCCACGCGGACUGGCCAGGAAGGCACUCCUAGACAUUUGCCCUGCAUUGACCUCCCAGCGUCCCGACGCCAGGCCUGGACCCGGGCCCAGCCCGCCACCUCCCAUCCACUAGCUCACCCUGACCCCCAGGUCCCCCCCCCCCACUUGGUAGCAGUUCCAACGGGGGACAGCCUGCUUCUUGUUAACUCGAGUUACUCAACUGUUCAACCUCACUGGUUUUGCACUGAUUUUUGAGAGUGGAGAUCCAUUACCAUCUCCUGUGGCUACGGACAUGCAUGAAAAGCCAACAUUCGCUGAUCUGGGACCUCUUGCCACACAGAAGGCUCCAGGGCGGCAAAUCCUUGUGCAAGCAGGAGAGAAAGGCCAUAUCUUAAUUUCUGCAGCUCCGCCUGGCCCGCCAGUGCUGUGGCAGCCCCGGACCCCUGCCUACCUGUCCACUCGCCCCACCUGGAACCCAGUCCAGCGGCGAGGCUGGGGAGGCCCAGAGCCGUCUCCCGAGAAGCCACGCCUCGGGCUCCUGGGCCUGGCCGGGCCGGCCUCCUCUGCCACCCCUCGCCUGCCGUCAGUCAAGGCCACGUGCCUGGGCUCUCCCGUUUCUACACCUUUCUACUUCUCCAAUCUGAUUUCUAUGAGGUUUUUUUAAAUGAGCAAUCCUUGGCUGCUUCCUUUUCUUAACUCUUUCAGUACCAAGCGCAGCCCCUCCACGUGAAAACACCCAGCACUGUGACGGAGUCCAGCCUGGUUCUGGGUCCCGGGGCCCUGCCCCCCCCACCCCGCCCAUGCAGUGGGGCGUGGGGUCCCCGCCUCACCAGACCCCCAUUAAUUCCACUGAAUUUCUACUCUGGGGUGAGUGGGGUGCACACUUAAGUAAGUUUUUUUAAUGCCAAUUCCGUUUUGAUGCCGAAUCUAAGAAGCCACAACUUGCUUCGUUAGCUUAAGGGCAGGCAGCCAGGACGCCAUUCCCCUCUCGGUAAGGACCGCGCUGUCCUGCACGCUGGGUCCGAGCAUCAGCCCUCCCUCCCCAGAAAUGACCAUGAUCUCAGCUGUGGCGCUCGGCUCCGGGCGGCCCUUCUGCUGCUUCUCCUCCUCCUACGUAAGGCGGGGGAGCCUGCCUGGCCAGGCUCCGACUCUGAGAAGCUGCUGCCAACCUGGAUACGGCCUCAGGGCCAUGGGCUGGGGCGGGGAGGCACACCGAUUGAUGUUAACAUUCUCCCGUGUGUAGAUAUGUACAGCCAAAGGGUCGUGUAAAUGUUCCACGAAAGUGGGUCUAUACAGAGUGAGAGCUAUUUAUUUUGUGCAGAGAAAAAUUUCUGGAGGGAUAGGACCUUCAGGGUUUGUUCAUAUUUAAGAUGUAGCUUUUUGUUUUUGUUUCAGGCGUUAUGUAUAAAGCAACGAUUAUUUUAUGGACCAAGUUUUAAUGUAAGUGUUGCAAUGGAAGUGCAAUACCUGACCCCCCCCUCUGCUCCCCGCAGGGGGGGGAAACCGCUUGGCCUGACAAUCACAGCCCGGCGGGGGGCCCCCCGUGGCCAGUGCCUCCUCCUCUGUCGGUCCCACCUCACCCCAUCUUGCCUACCGCCUGGGUGACCAGCCAUCCGGAGAAGCGCCUGGAAGAGUCUCGGGCCCGCCUGCAAUAAAGGCUGGGCGGCCUCCUGGCCCGGGGAGGCCGUGUGGGCAGUGGGUCUGGCCGCUCCCAGCGGGCAGCUCCCCCAAGCUCUGCACUCCCCGCCCACCUGCCCAGCUGCCAGCCAUGCCAAGGACAACAGCAAUAGUCCCCUGGGCCUCUCCCAGCGGCCCUUAGCCAUAGAUGGUGAGAUGGGCAGCCCACCCUCCCCGUUGACGUCUCUCUUCUAUAUCCAGGUCUGCUUCCUGCCUCCCUAAAGAUUCCUUUUGGCACAUUCUCUUCUUAAGGAAGCACCAGUUUUUCAGAAACUAAGAGGGAGGGCAGAGUCCUUUAAAAAUACCAAAAAUGUUUACAGCGUUGGGUGCUGAGCUGCAGGGCUCAGGCCUGACCAGUCGUAACCAAAGGGUGAGGCAGGCCUUGCUGACUGCCACCCCCACCCCAGGCCUGUUAGAGUAGAAGCCUUAGUCCCACUCCCAACCCCAACCCCAAGACUGAGCCUCAGCCCACCACCCCAGAUCCAACCACCUGCCUUCUCUUUGAUUUCUAAAGAGGGAUUCAGCAGAGCCCCACCCCCAACUUUCCCAGCUCGCUCUGAGCUGCCCACCCACCUGCCCUGUUGCAGUCUUCGAGUCUGGGCCCCUCCUGUCUCUCUGUCUGGGCCAUGUGUGAGCAGUGUCCUGACUCGCCCAUCCGCCCUUGCUACCCCUGCACCUUCGGGCCUGAGUGUGCUCUGUAUACAGUGUCAUUGUCUGUUACACCAAUUAAAGAAGCAGGAAG